AACUAUAGGGUAAAAUAAAGAAAUGUUUUAGCAAUAAAUAUUAAAACUGAUAGGAGUAACGUUAAACCAAAGGUUAUGGCCGUUUACAGCUCAGAUUGAAGAACAAUGGCAGAAUAUAAGGUUGGGGAUCUGUCCAAGUUGUUUGGAACUCAACAGAAAUCUGAGGCUAAUAUUUUCUCCAAAGCUCCAACUACAAACAACAAAAAGAAUAAGGAGACUGAAGAUGCUGUAAAAAAGACAAAGAAAUCUCAAGGAGAAAAUGUUAAGAAGGCCAUGAGUUUUGAAAAGGUGAAGGAAAAGAAAACGGGAAAAGUGAAGAAAACGAAAACGGAAAAAGGGAAGAAAAUCGAAAAAGUGAAAACGCCCAAAAUUAAUAAAAAAAUGUUUGGGGCACAAUUACGAUUAAAGAAGAAGCAGAAAAAUGAGGGUGUUUCAGAUUCAACUGAUAUCCCGAAGCAAGUCAAGAAAAGGAAGACUACAGCUGAGAAAGAUGUCACUGAAUCUAAACCUAAGAAAAUAAAGAAACAGUCUAUGGAGGACUCUGUUAACAAACCAAAAAAGGGUAGAAAGAAGAAAAUAAUGGAGAAAGUAGCAAAAUCAGGCUCCGAUUUAGACAAUGAAAACGUUGGUGGUGAAAGAGACAUUGAUAAUGAUGUUGAUGAAUCUGAUGAAGGAUCAAUUGAUGGAGGAAAGGAAAACGAUGGAAACCAGACAGGGUUCUGUCCUGCUGGGAUUGUACACGAGUCCUUGGUUAAACACAGCAAGAAAAGGAAGCAAGAAAGUGUCUCCGGUUCAGAAGACGAGUCCUCAUCUCCGAGUAAGAAAUCAAAGACGGAGGAUGAGGAGAAGGAAAAACCAUCGCGUAAACGACGAGACAGGCUUGCUAAGCCGACAUUGGACAGAACAGUCUUUGUCGGAAAUCUGGCUCUUAAUACUUCUAAAAAGACUUUGGAGAAGGCAUUCAAAGACUGUGGUGAAAUAGAAUCCAUCCGCUACAGAUGUGUGCCUGUGAAUGACCCAUCUGUGCCUAAAAAGGUGAUUGCUAUUAAGAAAGAUUUCCACCCAGAGCGACACAACUGUGUUGGAUUUAUCUGCUUCAAGACCAACGAGGCUGCAGAGAAGGCUCUCGAAUUAAAUGGUCAUGAGCUGAAAGGUCUACAUAUUAGAGUGGACUGGGCUUCUAAAGACAAGGAGAAAGAUGUUAAAAAGUCUGUGUUUGUUGGGAAUCUACCAUUUGAUGUUGAAGAGGAGGCUGUUCGGAACCACUUUGAGGAUUGUGGGAAGAUCACCAAUGUGCGGCUGAUUAGGGACAAGAAGACGUGCAUCGGGAAGGGCUUUGGAUAUGUCACUUUUGAGGACAAAGAUGGAGUAGGGUUUGCAAUGAAGUUGUCAGGCCAGAAGUUGAAGGGGAGAGAACUGCGUGUGAUGGCGUGCUCCAGCAGUGCCGGGCACGAGAAGAAACACAAACAAGUGAAAUUAGCACAAUCUCCUGGCUUAAAAGAAAAGAAGCAGAAGACUAAACAACAGUUGCCUAGCAAUCCUUCUAAAACUGCAUUCAAAGGUGAAGAGUCAAAGAAGGAAAAGACAAAAAAGAAAGACAAGAAGUCAUACUCCAAGAAAAUAAAGGUUCCAUUCAAAACGAUCACUAAAGAUGAUGGGUUGAAAGCAGACAUUCAGGCUCUGAUAGAUUCAGAGACAAAGAAAGGGGGAGAAAGUACAAAGGAACCCAAAAUGGAUAAAAAAGACAAGAAAGAGAAAAUGAAUGACAAUAAAAUUAAGACGGCUGAUACAGGAGAAGAAAAUAAGGUUGAAAAUAGAGAAAAGGCAUUCACAAAGGCACAAAGUAGUUCCAAUGGCAAAGCAGAUUUGGAGAAGAACAAGAAAUUUGAAAAGAAAGUGAAUGCAAUUAAACCAGGUAAGAGUGAUGGAAAAGCAGAUAAAUUUGAAAAGAAGCAGACAUUUAACAAGUUUGACAAAAAAGGUUUUGGUAAACAAGAGAACAGUAAGUUUGGGAACAAAAUGAAUAAGAGUUUUGGAGGUUUUGAUAAAAGGGGAGGUAAACCAUUUGAAAACAAGGGAAGUAAACCAUUUGAAAGCAGGGGUGGUAAACCGUUUGAAAACAGGAGUGGCAAACAAUUUCCAAACAGGGGACAAAAAUCUUUUGAUAUACCAGGAAACUCAUCUUUUUCUGGGAGCGGAAAUAAAUCGUUUGACAGUAAUCCGGGAAAGAAGCCCUUCCAUUCAACGCCAAGGCCUGGGUUUUCAAGCAAACCCCUGAGUGGACUUGUCCAGGGAAGUGGGAAACACAUCAAGUUCGACUAAAUGGAAAGCAUUUUUUUCUUUUUAAAAAAAUCAGUUUUCAUUUGUUUCCUUAAUUUAUACUACUAUUUUGCAAAUUUUUUAAGAUUAGUCAGUAUUGUCUUCAUAAAAAAAAUUAUCGUGCUAAAACUCAUUGAUUAUGACAUCUAUCAAGGUCAUCUUUGCUUUGAAUAUUGUUUUCAUUUACAUGAUAUUGGUAUGAAUAAUAUACAAUUUCAUACAUCCCAUAGUUCUGUAGACCUCCAAGCUCCUGAGAGGAUUUUAUUCACGACAGAUGGAUUUUAAAAUAAGAGGGAGGGAUAUUUAAGCAUCCAUGAAAUUGUUCAAUAUCUUAUACAUGUCAUAUUUCUGGAUGACUCCCUUAGGGAUUUUGCUUAGAAAACCAGGGUAUUUUGCCGCCCUCAACUUUUGGGAUUUUCAUAUUCCCUCAGAAAUCACUCCAACACAGGCAUGUUGGUUUGUAUGUUCGCAAUAAAAGUAUUUAUUAAAAACAAAACACCUUACAAACACUGUUUUGAAUAUAUAUCGAUUAGUAUUGAAUAGCAGUCUAGUUGUUUUUAUUUCCUCUCCUCCCCCAUCCCACGGAAAAACUGGGGAAUCUUUCGAAAUUUCAGGGGUAUAAUUUUUUCGCAUGUUAGCAGUUUCAUUGUAUAUUGUUUUGGCAUUCUUCAUUGAACAUGUAUAUGAUUUCGAGAGCAAUCGCGUUACAGAUUUCAUGUAAUUGUUUAAUGAUGAAAUCUUAUAUUUUAUGAAUAAAUAAUUAAUUCAUUGUCAUUUUUGUUCGCUAAAUAUG